CGCGUUCCUCCCUCAGCGCCGGAGCCGUGCAGGGAGCCCUGGCAGCAGAGGACCGCCGCACACUCCCGCGGCUAACCACGCACUACAGACGGGCUUGAACAGACGCACGGACACCGGAGACGCUUCUCUCGCUCUGCUGAUGACAUCCGGACUUCCCAGCAACAACUUCAGCUCCAGUCAGGUUCAGCUCUCAGCUGAGAAGCAACACCCAUCUCCUCCACCCGCGUAGCUCGGCCUCCUUUGCUCCGGGGUGCCUGGUCCCUCUCACACUGCAUUCUGGGAAAGUCUGGAACCUGCUCCAUGGGCUGCGCCACCUGCUAACAAACCGGGGGGUCUGGAGGAACGCUCGCGUUGGAUGAGGCUUGUGCUGAGUGGGCGUAGGCUUUCCUUCGGAGGGAAAUGAUUCCACAUGAAGGUCAACGCACUCGGCCCCCCAUCGUCCUCUGCGGGAGCAGCAGGUGUGACAUUGUGACGUGUUCCCCGACGACACUGAGCUCCCCCCUCAGCCGCUAAGGAUUUCUGGACAGGACAGUCCGAUCCCAUUCCUCCCCUCCAACCAACCCCCCCCCCAUCUCCAUCUCACCUCCUCCUCUCCUCCCCCUCAGGGCCCAGAGUUUUCUCCUUAGCGUUAUCAAUGAAAGACACGACAAUCAGCAACCGUGGGUGAACUUGAUGUCCAGGGACGAGGAGACGACGUCUGUAGAGUUAAUUUAUAGCUAAUUAAUGUGAAACAAGUGAUAGUGUGCUAAAAGUGAGAACAGGAAACAAAAGAAAGUGACAGAGAAAGUCUGAGAGUAAGAGUUCGUAAAGGAAAGAGGCCAAAACUCACGGAAAAGAUAACGCAAGUACAGUCAAAUCAGCAUGAAGUCCAACCAGGAACGCUGUAAUGAAUGUCUGCCCCCCAAGAAGAGGGAGCUCCCGUCGAGCACGCUGCCUUCUGACCGUCGCUCGCCGGCCGUCCCGCCCGCCAGCGACGGCCAGCGCAGCGAGAACAUGACGUGGCUCGCCAGCGUGGCCGGGGGGAACGAGAGCAGCGCCGGCGACCACUGCAGCUCCAGGCAGUCUGAAGGACCCCAGUACAAAUCCUCCUCCUACUCCUCCCCGGACUCUUCCUCCUGCUCCUCCUCGCUGAGACUGGUGUCGGCUCUUCCCGCCGUGUACACGUCCCCCCUGACGCAGUCGGCCGUCGGAGGAACGGUCCACUACACCCAGCUGCCUCCCAACCUGCAGUUCAUAGCCCCGACGUACAACUCCCCCUACGCGGGUUACAUCUCCCCUCAGCUGCUGCCCCCUCCUCCCCCGCCUCCCCCCCUCUCCUCCUCCUCCUCCUGCCUGGCCGUGCAGAGAGCGUCGUACACGGAGGCGGCGUCCGCCCUGAUGCAGGUUUCCAAACAGGAGCAGCAGCGAGCGUCGGCGGGACGCACGUCGAUGCCUCCCCCCUCCACGGACACGGUCCCUCACCACGUUCAGAUCUCCACUUCUCCCAGGACUUUACCGUCACAUCAUCACCUCCCACCCCCGUCCAUGCACCCCCACCACACCCUGGCACACGGCGCGGCCCACGUUGUGGUGAAGUACACGGACGGGCCCACGAGGAAAGAGGACGGGGGCUCCAGACCCAGAGAGCUCCACAACGGAGACCUGGAGCGGGGCCGGCGGUUCGGACCAGAGUCCGGCCUCUCCAAGUCUGCCGGCAAGUCUGCCGGCAAAGCACGGGAGCCCACGUCGUAUUUAUCUUCGUACGAGGCCCGCCAGCUGGUUCUGCCCACAGACUACUCUACACACGACCCCCUGGGGUUCAGAACCUCCGUGAUGUUGAUGCCCAACAGCCACGGAGACCACCAGCUGCUCCCGCCCAGAACCGGCGCGGAGAAGCUGGCGGCCUCUGUUCCCGCACACUUGGAGAAAGGCGGCAUCAUCGUGGGGAAGCCUGUCCAUCGCAUCCCCUCCUCGUCCAGUACCAGCUGCUGUCUGAAGGAUCCUGUCAGCACGUUGUCUCCCCAGACUGUUAUCCACACCACCCACAACGCCACAGAGCCGUUAUCGGUGGGGCUCCCCUCCACCAGCAUCUACCAACAGACACCGAUUAUUGGUUACAUUGCCGGGGGCAACGGGAGCACGUACCACGCCAGCCUCCAGCAACACUUACUCAUUCCAGGCACCCAACCCGUCAUCAUCCCCGUCAGCGCAGGGGGGGUCUCUACGUUAGAACCCGUAACCUCCCACAUCACCUCCUCCACCCAAGCUUUUCCAAACACACUCCCACACACGUACAUCAGCGCGUCUGUCCCCAAAGCAGAGUCUCUGGAGAGCCACAGCAGCUCCAUGCACGAGGCUGCAGGCGCCGUGGUGCAGGCCCAGCUCCACCUGCCCAUCGGCCCCGCUCCGUCGGCGCUGGUCGCAGCCUCCGCAGCCCCUCACCCCUCCAGUGCCGCGGUCCCCCCGUCACUGCCCCCGUACUUCAUCAAGGGCUCCAUCAUCCAGCUGGCCAACGGUGAGCUGAAGCGCGUGGAGGAGCUGAAGACGGAGGACUUCAUCCAGAGCGCCGAGAUCAGCAGCGAGCUGAAGAUCGACUCGUCCACGGUGGAGCGCAUCGACGGGAGCCACGCCUCCCCCAACUUCGCCGUCGUGCAGUUCUCCGUCGGCGAGCAUCGCACACAGGUGAAUGUGGAGGUCUUGUUGGAGUACCCCUUCUUUGUCUUCGGCCAAGGCUGGUCUUCGUGCUGCCCCGAACGGACCACCCAGCUUCUGGAGCUGCCUUGCUCCAAGCUUUCCGUGGGCGAUGUUUGCAUUUCUCUCACUCUCAAAAGCCUGAGAAACGGAUCCCUGAAGAAGAAUCCAGCCCUGGAGCCCGCCACCCACGGCUCUGUCCCGGCGCUCGGCCACGGGCACCUCCGACCCCCCCGGGCCGUCUCAGACUCACCCCAGAGCUGCGGUGGAGCCGGCCACCGGCACAGGGAGCGGGAGAACGGGAUCGGCCAGCGAGGGAGCGCUGGAAGCGGGAACGGGAGCGGAGCGGUCUCCGGCGUGGAAAACGGGGAGGUCGUGUUCGGGGGAAGAGGAUGUCUCUCCAAAGGCGCGGCUCCCGGCAGUACGGAUGCGGGCUCGAGUAAACCGCCCGCAAGCAGGAAGCGGAGAUGGUCCGCCCCCGAGGGUCGAAAAGUGGAGAGGUCAGAGGAGGAGCCACCUUUGACCUUGCCUAAACCUUCCUUCAUACCUCACGAGGUGAAAAUCAGCAUCGAGGGAAGGUCAAAUAUGGGCAAGUAAAAGGCUGCCAGGACUGCUGACAACCCCUUGGGAUUAAAAAAGAAAUGAUACACACACGAAUUUACAGAAGAAAGUAUGCCCAUACUAAUGUUUCAUUUGUCUUGGUUUUGUUUUCUGUUUGUUUUUUUUCUUUCCUGUCAGAUAUUGUACCGUAGAGGUAACCGUACCCUACUCCGCUCACCUUACGUUGAGUCCAUGUAGUUUAUAACACUUUUUUUUUAAUAUAUAUAUAUAUAGAUGGAUCGAAUAUCAUAUGAGCAAUCAGAGCUGUUUUGGUGAUUUCAUGACGUGACCUGUGGUGAGGGGUUUAAGCGUGCUAGAUGUUUGCACUUCCACGCAGGAGCCGGCAGAGCUUGCGCGCGUUUCCUGACACUGAUUUAGUUCCUCGUGCAGUUCUAGCGACGCUGCCCGCGUAACUACACCUUCCCUCCACCGCCCGCCGCCGCAGAGCUGUCACAUCAGCCGGUCCUGAGGACGAAGGCAAAAAAAAAAGAUACUCACUGAAUUAAAGUGUGAUUUGGUGAAAUGGUCUAAAUUUGAACAGAGUGGAUCGUUGGUGUGCUUACACGGUGGAGAGGGAACAAAACUUAACUCUGCUCAGUCUUUACUUUCAUCUGUAGCAUGUUCAUCCUUUUUUCCCCCCCUCGACUCCCUCAUCUAUCCAACCAGAUAGUUGCUUUAAAUGAUUGUCACAAACCUGAAUCAGGGUUCAUUUAGUCUUCGAUUGAGCCUUUGGGUCAAGGUUAAUGUAUAAACGUGAGAAACCCUGACCUAAUCCACGCAAGUGCGACACACUGGGUUGACGAGCUUCACUUUAGGAAUAAGUUCAGCCAGGAAGACAGCAUACAGUCAUCAUAUUUGAUGAUUUAUUUGUAUAUUUCUUUUAUUCAUAAAAGCUGUGUGAGAAGAAGUGAGGGAACCUGCAUGUCAGCUCUGAGAGGGUCAGGAUGUUUCGCAGCACUUAACACACCUGUCACACUCACGAUACAGCCAAGACAUUAGUAUUUUUUAUUUACGCAGUACUGUAUGUUUCCAUAAAGUUGUUUAUUCCCCCAAUAUUACUCGGACAGUAGUAGCAAGUAGCAGCAGCACUUUGGAAAGGUGAAGAUUUCUGGAGAAGUGAAGGGAUCGUUCAGUGACAUAGGAGCAGAUGUGCCAUGAAAUCACAAAGCGAGGGAUGAGUGUGAGCGGCGCCGGAGGUAUUGGAACGUGUUUUUUUUCGACAGUUCAGGUAUGACAACAGAAAAAAAAAAAGAAGCCCUGAACCAUCCGGCGGUGUCUUGUACGGAUAUGUAUUGCAUUCACUUGAGAAAAAAAAAAUGCUCUGUUUUUCUGAAUUAACGAGAUAAUUAUCUCAGAAUUCUGAGAAAAUUUGAAUGAAAAAAAAAAUCGCUUUCCAUCUGAACAACCGCAAAGUCCUGAGGUGCCUGUGCAAAGUCGACAAACUAAUAACAAUACCAUCUAUAUAACUUAAAGACAAGAGUAUCUCCCAAUGUUUCAAACCGAAAGCAAAGUAAAACUGUAUUAAACUGGACAGGAACAUGUUUGCUUCCAUGAAAUCCAGCUCUCAAGUGAAUGACGGCUUCUUGCAAGUUGUGAGGUAUCUGGUUAAUUCAGAAAAAACGCAGAUUUUUUUUUCAUUAAAAGUUUUCUCAGAAUUCUGAGAUAAUUAUCUUGUUAAUUCAGAAAAACAGCAGAUUUUUUUUUUCAUUAAAACUUUUCUCAGAAUUCUGAGAUAAUUAUCUCGAUAAUUCAGAAAAAC